CGUUGUGGGCGUGUCGUGUCGUCACUUCCGUCAAAAAUACAACAAACGGUUAUGCUAGCUGUAUUUUGCUGUGACUUAUAAAUAAAUAAAGUUGAUUUCUACAGUUAUAUUUAGGUCCAACGGAUUCAGCCGUUCGUCGGACAGUCGCAGACCAUCAGAUCUAUGGUGGCCGGCUCGGCACUCAUGGAGCCAUCCAGUAAACCUGGGCCUAACCAGGUGGCUGAUGUGGUGUUUGUCAUCGAAGGGACAGCAAACCUUGGACCAUACUUUGAAUCUCUAAGAAAAAAUUACAUACUUCCAGCUAUUGAGUAUUUUAACGGAGGACCUCCAGCAGAAACAGAUUUUGGUGGGGAUUAUGGAGGGACUCAGUAUGGUCUUGUGGUGUUCAACACAGUGGACUGCGCUCCAGAGUCAUAUGUCCAAUGUCACGCACCAACCAGCUCAGCCUUUGAAUUUGUGUCUUGGAUUGACAGCAUACAGUUUAUGGGAGGUGGAGCGGAAAGCUGCAGUCUGAUUGCAGAGGGACUUUCUGUGGCCUUGCAGCUCUUCGAUGACUUUAAGAAGAUGAGGGAGCAAAUAGGUCAGACCCAUAAGGUGUGUGUGCUGCUGUGUAAUUCCCCUCCAUACCUGCUCCCUGCUGUGGAGAGUGUCAGCUACACUGGUUGCACAGCAGACAGCCUGGUCAAAAUCAUCAGAGAUAGAGGAAUUCACUUCUCUGUUGUGGCUCCGCGGAAACUUCCCCCUCUAAGGGCUUUGUUUGAACGAGCGUCACCAGUAGGGGGGGCAGUUGAACCUCUUCCUGACUACAGUCAGGAUCCGUUCCACAUGGUCCUAGUCAGAGGCAUCUCGCUUCCUGUUUCCUCAGGUGGAGGACCCGGGCCGCACAAACCUGUCCUUCCUCCUCAGGUGCCGACUGGUAGUCAGUCUGUUGUUGGAACUCCACAGCCACCUCCACCCAUUAACACAACCCCUCCUUAUCAGAAUCCGCCCCCCUUGAUUGCCGCUCAGGUGGCAGCACAGAUGGCCGUGGAGGCAGCCAACAACCAGAAGAAUCCCUUCCCAGGAAUGGUUAACUCAGGCCCUCCAUUCACCAAUCACCCUGUAGUGAAGCCCCAUCAGCCGAGCUUAUCAACAGUUAAUACGGGAAAUACGCCAAUCCAGUCAGUUCCUCCCAAUCAGCAGCAGCCAGUUCCACCCCCAGGACCACCAGCACCCAGCCAGCAGACACAACCACUCCCUCAGCAGCCGCAGCACCCAGCAAAUCAGACCACGCCACCAUCAGCGCCUCCUGCUAUGCCCAGAGGUCAAGUCAAUGCAAAUCCAAUUCCACAAGGACAAGGUGUCACCAAUAAAGUAGUGGCUUGGACUGGUGUUCUUGAGUGGCAAGAGAAACCUAAAGCCUCAUCUAUGGAUUCAGCCACCAAGCUGACACGUUCUCUGCCGUGUCAGGUGCACGUCAACCAGGGAGAAAAUCUGAACACAGACCAGUGGCCACAGAAGCUCAUCAUGCAGCUGAUUCCACAGCAGUUACUGACAACCUUAGGCCACCUCUUCAGAAACUCUCGGAUGGUUCAGUUUCUCUUCACGAACAAAGACGUGGAGUCACUGAAAGGCUUGUACCGCAUUAUGGCCAAUGGUUUUGCUGGCUGCGUUCACUUCCCCCACACUACCUCACCCUGUGAAGUGCGAGUGCUGAUGCUGCUCUACUCGUCCAAGAAGAGAAUAUUCAUGGGCCUCAUCCCCAAUGACCAGAGCGGUUUUGUCAACGGCAUCCGACAGGUCAUCACCAGCCACAAGCAGGUCCAGCAGCACAGAGCGCAGUUGAGCAGUGGAGCAGGACCGAUGCAACCUGGUCAAGUCCCCCCCAAUCAGAACUUCCUCAACAGGCCCCCUGGUCCUAUUCCCGUUUCCCAUGGCAAUGUCCAGCAGCAGUCUGUGGUGGUGGGCAUGCCCCCUGUUAGUCAGGUAUCUAUGAUGGAGGAGCAACAGAGACAGAACAACAUGAUGACAAUGAGAGCUGCCGGACCAACCAAUCAACAGCCGCCUGUCAGUGGCGCUCCACCUAAUCAAGUUCCGACUAGCGGACAAGCCCCGCCCCAGGGUCCCAUCCUUCGCCUCACAAAUCCAGGAGCCAAUCCACAGCUUCGCAGUCUUCUUCUCAGCCAACAGCAGCCACAGGGUGGGGUGUCUCACAUGCCAGGCAUGAUGUCUCACCAAGGUUUGGGACAGCAGUUGGUCCACCAGACACCAGGAGGCGGGGCUCAAAUGCAGGGCCAGUGGAGGCAACCCAUGGCAGGUCAGAUGAUGAUGCCUGGAGGUCAGAGAGGAGCUGUACCACAGCCCGGGAUGCCCCAGGUCUCCAGCAUCAUGGAGGAUGAAGUCCUCAUGGACCUUAUCUGAUGGAGCUAGGCUUUGUAGUUGAAUCCAGGCAGCCAUUUUUCCAGUUUGGACACAUAUGUCUGCUCUGUCGCUUUAAUCCUACAAGUGUUCAACAUAAUGAAACAAAUAAUGAGCAGCUUUUUUUUUCUUUUCUUUCAUUUUUUUACAGGACUGAGUAGCUGAAGUUAAUUAGGGGCAGACAAUGUGAGCAUUAGUUUUUCAUGUAAAUGUUCAAAACCAUCAGCACGCUAAUCCCACAUGCUACACACAGGACAGAAAAGCAAUCAUACUUGUAGAAACUAUACUCUGUAAGUUUUAUCAUUGAAAUGGGAUCCUGUGUUAUUUUUUUUCCUUUUUAAUUAAGAUUUUACUUUCUCCUGUUACUUUAUUUUUUUUAAUUGUUGGUCAAGUUGUUUUAUGAAGAUAAAAUAAAACUAAGCAUCAUGUGAAAGUU